GGAACAGAACUGCCUCAGGGCAGAAAAAAAGCAAGGUGAUUGGGGUGGAGUCGACACGACCUACUGUGCAGUCACAGACUCCAGUGGACUAGCUACUCACAAGUUUACCAUUUUGCGCUUUGGUUUGGACAAUUGAAGGAAUCCCUGAAAAAAAUAUAGUUUUAAACGUCUCUAUCUAUUAUUUUGGAUACAUCAACGCCUUGCUACUUGUAACAACACAGCCGCAGCAUGGGGGCACCACCAACAGCGUACGACGAGAAGAAGGAAACAUGUGGGACCGUCUGUCUGAAGUACCUCCUAUUCACAUUCAACUUCCUUUUCUGGCUGGCAGGGGGCGUGGUGAUGGCGGUGGGCAUCUGGACGCUGGUGGAGAAGAGCGACUACAUCAGCCUGCUCUCCUCCGUGACCUACGCCGCCUCCGCCUACAUCCUUAUCCUAGCCGGGGCCAUCGUCAUGGUGACUGGAGUGCUGGGCUGCUGCGCCACCUUCAAGGAGCAGAGGAGGCUGCUGAGAGUGUACUUUGUCCUGCUGCUGUGUAUCUUCCUCCUGGAGAUCCUCGCCGGUGUCCUGGCCUACAUCUAUUACCAGCAGCUCAAUGAGGAGCUGAAACAGAACCUGCGGGAGACCAUAGUGCAGAAGUACAGGCAGCCAGAGCAGGAGCACAUCACCAAAGCAGUGGACAAGCUGCAGCAGGAGUUUAAGUGCUGUGGCAGCAACAGCUCGUCGGACUGGGGCGAGAGCGUGUGGAUCCGCACCAAUGAGGCGGAUGGCAGGUUGGUGCCGGACAGCUGCUGUAAGACCCAGACGCUGGGCUGCGGCCACAGGGACCACCCGUCAAACAUCUACAAAGUGGAGGGGGGUUGUAUCACUAAACUGGAAAACUUCAUUUUGGACCACCUGAAGAUCAUUGGAGCGGUGGGCGUGGGCAUCGCCUGUGUACAGGGAAGUCUGGAAGAUGUCAGCCUGAAAUGUAUCUCAAAACAAGCAGUGGCAGCAAACAACUGUGUCUCAGCUUAGCCAAGACUAGCGCAGACUGCUAUCACUCUCUUCAGUCAGGGUGCCACUCAACGGCCAGUCAACUCUCUCUUUUUCACAGAUUGCCAAUUACAAUUCCCAAGUUAUCCACAUUAAGGACAUAGAUUUAUUGAUAUAUCCACAGAUAAUGUAUCUAUUUAGAAGGACUUUCCUGAUGAUUAUUUUACUGUCCUGGUCCCCUGUAAAGGGCAUUAGCAUGAGCGGAUGGUCAGGGCCUGGAACAUAAUUGCAAAUAAUUUGUAGACUGCAAAUUGACUACAAGAAGCCGAAACAGAUAUAACAUUUGACUAAAACCUAAUCAUUUCAAAACUUGCUUACAUUUGUGUACAAUCACAUAUACAGCAUCUCUCCAUUAUGCGAAGAAAGACUUUGGAACAGAUUUCUAAAAUGUAAAUAAUUUGGAUCUGAUUUUCGGGUGUUUUUACAGUCUUUUAUGUCAGAAAACUUGGGGGGCCAAACACCUGUGGGCCGUCAGUCAGGGAACCCUGCCAUAGACGGUGACAACUUGCUGCACAGGAGGAUUUUUAUUGUUGCCCGGCAAACAAUAAUGAGUAGUUAGGACGUCGCGAAAUGGUCGCCAAAAGUCAUCAGGACGUUGUGUUAUGAACGUGUGGAGGUUUUGUCUAGUUCCCCUGGAGAACGUUCCCUUGUGAUCAUCACACGACGCCCUAAAGACUAGUCAAAUUAACCUCCUGAGAACGUUAUAUAAAGGUCCUGACAUGGUCCUCAGUGAUGUCCCCGGGAACUUACAGGGAACUAGACAAAGGUCUCCCAGAGAACGUUCCCUUGGGACUAUCAUGCGACGUCCUAAGGACUAGUAAAAUUAACAUCCAAAAUAUGUCCUAAUAAGGUCCUCAGGGACGUCCAGGGAACUUAUAGGGUACUAGACAAAGGUCCCCCAGAAAAUUUCCACCAGAGUGCUGGAAUCAGGACGUUCUCAGGAUGUUCAUUUUACUAGUCCUUAGGACGUUGGAACUUACAGGGAACUAGACAAAGGUUCCCCAGAGAAUGUUCCCAAAGCAGCAUCUCACAGCAUCCUCGGGACUAGUAAAAAUGAACGUCCUGACAUGGUCCUCAGUGACGUCCUGGGAACUUACAGGGAACUAGACAAAGGUCCCCCAGAGAAUGUUCCCUUGGGACCAUCACUCAAGGUUCUUAGAAUGUCAGUCAAAACCUUUAAGGGACCUAAUGGGAAUGUCACUGCAUGUCCUCAGGAAAUCCCCUGUUUGCUGGGUAUGCACUUUACCUGAAAAUCCAGUUCCAUGUUUUGAUUGAACAGGGUCUUAGCCUUUAGUUCUUCAAAUUCUGUGCACAAUAAAACGUUUAGCCUUUUCAAUAAGAUCAACCUCUCUUUCAAAAUGGAGGAUAUGGAUGAGAGCUCUCCUCUGAAUCAGUGCUGGAAUCAGACUAGCCCCUUGCCAGGGUAUGUUUUUUUGCUCCAGACAAACCAUGCCGGCAGUUACCAUGACAACAAACAGAAUUUCCCCUUCACACCUCACCCAAAUGCAUUUCGCUGCCAGAGCAACACAGCGCCCUCUCUCUGCGUACAAACGGCCUGAUUCCUGGCAGCGUCCUCAAGAGACAAGGGGAUAAGCUCAGACAGAGCUCCUGCAGACAAUUGGAGCAAAACAUCACGCGUUACAUAACGCCUACUAUCAAACUGAUGUCUUAUUUGCAGCCCUUUCAUUGAUAGGCUAUGACGAGCCCGGAACAUUACAUAGUCAUGGGGAAAGUGCACACAUGAAUGGCUCAACCAUUUGGAUCAACUACACUAGGCCAUACACAGGCUCAUUCUGUAGGUAACUGCUAUACCUAAAACUAGCUCAGCAAGGUGAUCAGAGUGUAAUGUAUCAUGACAUGUGUAUUGAAUAUGCUUGUCUUUACCAUAGAUCUUUAAUGAUUUGCUUUUGUAAAAAGUCUGGUAUAUAGUUCAGCAAAGUUAAUUUAUUUUUGCCUUAUUCAAGCCGCCAUAAAAUAAAAAUAUCUUCCCAAA